GAGCCCUGGCUCUCAUUUUCGUAGAGAGUGCCGUGCUGCUCCUAUCCUGGCCACGUCUUGUGUGUUCUCCGGCUGUGUAGAGACGCAAGAUGCGCGCGUGUGCACUAGCGGCGGGGUACGUGGCUUUGGCUCUGCUGGCUUUCCGCGGAGCAACCGCAGUGACUACCUGCAGCAAUAGUGACUGUACCUGUGUGGCCUUCCAGCCUCUGUCCAGGAACCUAACCUGCAGUCAUGAGUGCUCACUUACUGAGAAUGUGACAGUCUACUGGAACCUAUACCGAUACGUAUCGGCCGACAAUGACAACAACAACUACAACAUCACCUUCUGGUUCGACGGCUCCGAGCCCCGUCACGACUCUCAGACAUCUGCCUCAGUCACCACCAUUGUCAGGCAGAUGAGAGCAACCCAAGGUGGACAACUGGUGAUAGACAAAGUCAACCUCCACAUUCACGAGGCUGGAUACUCAUGCUGGGCUCAGCUGAGUGACGGGACCCAGUGUGGCGCCACAGACUCCUUUCAGCUGUCGGUCGUCUCUCUCUUCACUGACAUAACUGAAAAGCCAAAGGUACUGGACACCAGUGGAAGCGCCAUCUACGGGUCUCCAGGAGUUCUCUGUAUCAGAGGAGUCACCCCAGGCCUCAACGAGGACAGCACCACCUGGGAGAAAGAUGACGUGGCCACCGAAAUUGCCAAGAACAUUUCUGACGAGUGUCCUGGGUGCAUCGAAUGUGAUCCCGUGAUGUUCCUGGCCCUCCCCUCAGUCCGGGAGCGCCUCCAGAACGAGUACUCCCACGCGGCAUUUGUCAUAUCCACCAGCCACGAGGUGGUGGGGGAAAGAGACUACAGCGAUUGUCUCACCAUCAGGAACCGCUAUGUCAGUUUCCUGGUGAUACGGGAGGUGAAAGAGGAGGAUGUUGGAGACUGGAGUCUGAGCGUCGUAUCUGCCUUCAACGCAGCCAAGACUGGAUUAUAUGACCUUGAAGUCUCCUACAAGCUGAUUGAGACAACGAUUGAGGAAUUGGAAAACCUGCGUCUCAUGUCUGGAGAGAAUGGCUACAGGGUCUGCAACGCCACCUACUCCAUCAGCUUUGAAGCCAGCCUCCACUGGAAGACCCAGCACACGGUGCUCUCCACCAACCACACCAUCGUGGGGGAGGGGGAGAGCCUGGCCUCUGACCUAGUGGUCCUCACUGCCCAGAAGAUCAGUGACCUCUGUAAGGAGUUUGGUCCCCGACUGGACGAGGAGAACGUGGCGUUCUCAGUGAACUAUGCCCCCGACCGGCUACUCCAGUUCAACAGUGGGGACUAUGACAGAGCCCUGGUCCAGAGACAGCUCCUGGUGCUGGUCAUGUGCAACGUGGGCCGCGAUCAGAUCGGCACCUACACCUGCAUCGCCCCCGCCAAUGGUAACACUGCUCGUCGAGAGCAGAGCAUGGACGUGACUGUGUUUGCGCGAGAGACGGUUGGGAGCACGCAGGUGAACCAGGGAGCCAUCAUCGCCAUGGCUGUAGUGGCCCUCGUCAUAAUCAUCAUCAUCUUCCUCCUCAUCUGCUUCGGGGUGAGGCGCUACCGGCAGCUCAAGUAUGAGGCCAUGCAGAUGCGGCCGAUGAGCAUCCCGCUGGCUGCGACGCAGCUCACCAAUGCCAUAAACCACGCCUUUGCCUCUUUCUCUCCCAUUGGUUCCCCCAUGUACGACAAGUUUGAGUUUCCGCGAGAGAACCUGAUGCAGUUGGAAGUUAUAGGGGAAGGGCAGUUUGGUCAGGUGUGGCGAGCCAAAGCCAUCGGGAUAUGCAGCGAGGACUCUCGAAACAUCGUAGCGGUGAAGACUCUAAAAGAUAACUAUAGAGAUGCUGACUACUUUGACCUGCGCUCAGAGCUGGACAUUAUGCGGAGCAUGGAGCCUCAUCCCAACAUCAUUAACCUCCUGGGAGUCUGCUCUGAAGUCGCCUCCAGUCCGCUGUGCAUCCUAAUGGAGUAUGCAGCGUACGGGAGCAUGAAGGACUACCUGGCCUACUGCAGACGAGUGACGCAGGCCCACGCAGAGGGUCUCACUAGUCCAACGCUCGAGGAGGCGUAUCCCUUGGCUGCAGCAUCCAACGGUGCCAUUCUCCGGCAGUCUAUGCUCAUGGGAGACUACCCCCAACUCCAACCACUCAGCAUGAGACCUGCCCUCGGAGGAGGAGGAGGAGGAGGGGAAGGGGGCCACUAUGAGGGUAACGACUACCUCUACGACCCGAUGGUGGCAGCCAGAACCCGUCGACUCCUCCAGAUGCUCAAAAUACAGGGGUAUUCCCCUGAGGAAGCCGGAGGGGAGGGACCCCCCACUGCAUACAAUCACCUGGCGGCCCCCAGCGGUGCCGAGGCGGCCGGAGUGAGUCUCUAUGACAAGUUGUAUCCCAACAGUCAGUGUGUGUAUCGACCGUGUCUGGAGGCCUACAACUACGCCUGCUAUCGUGGGGCCCAGACGAGGAGGGACAAUCACGAGCAGGAGUACUACAACGCCACGGCCGGCGGGAUCAUAGAAGAAGGCGAAGAGGAAGAAGAAGCACCGAAGGUUCCACGUGAAGGCGACAUCUCACCGUCCUCUACUACAACGGAAACGGUCCAGCUCAUCCGAGCCUCACCGGCCCCUCAGGUGACGAUCACCAACGGACCGUCAACCCGGCCACCUCCCUCCCUCUCCAUCUCGACACCGGUCCACUCCAAGACCAAGCUGGGACCAACCCUCAGCACACCCCAGGUCUCCUCCCCCGGUCAGGAUCAUCCCGGUGCCUGCGCCUCGCUCAGUGCCAGUCGAGACAACGUGUUUGAGAGUCCAAGUGGCUCAACCAACCUCGUCGCACCCUCCAAGGAGCACCUGAGGGAGUCCAUGAUAUCGUUCCCCGACGGGUACAUCUAUGCUCCGCCGCCCACCGAGGGCGAGUCCGAGGGAGGGCUCAUGAUUACAGGGGCCGGGGGAGCGGUGGGGGGAGUAGCGCCGGGACUGCGAGGAGAGGAGAUGGCAGAACUGAAGAAAGAGAAAGAGCCAGCCCCUCCAAUGGAGGAAAUGAUUACCGACCUGGACAUGAUUGACUUUGGGCUCCAGAUUGCACGUGGGAUGGACCACUGGAGAAGAUGCAAGGACUUGGCUGCUCGCAACGUCCUCAUUUCGGAGGAUUUUACGCUAAAGAUCGGAGACUUUGGUCUCGCCAGGGACCUCUCUGACAAAGACUACUAUCGCAAAGUCACCCCUGGGAGGUUGCCUGCUCGCUGGAUGGCCCCCGAAUCACUGGAAGAGAGAACUCACACCUUCCAGAGUGAUGUAUGGUCGUAUGGAGUGGUUCUGUGGGAGAUUCUGACCUACGGGGAGGUACCGUACCGGGGCCAGCCGGAGGCCAACGACUGCGACCACCUCGCCUACUACCUCCGCUGUGGCAACAGACUUGUCCUUCCUACAAACACCAGCGACGAAUUUCGGGAUCUGCUGACGUCCUGCUGGAUGUUAAACCCAGACAAACGGCCAUCAUUCAGCGAAGUCGUGAGCAUCCUCGACAACCAGCUGUCUGCAGCUCACGGUUACCUGACGAUGGCCUCUGCUCCAGUGGACCGCUUUUCGCUCCACGAACAGGCCGGCUCAGCCAACCCGUCUCCCCGCAUGCAAAAGAGGAAGGCAAUGCUACAGAAACUAGACAAGCUCCACGGAGCCGACCGCCCCGUAUCCCUCCAGCCCGGCGCCUUCUCCAAGGCCCAGCUGGCCAAGAGUCCUUCUCUCCCGAUAGUCGAACCGCUCAAAACGUCUCCCUCUCCAUCUGCCCCGCCCCCUCAAGUCUCCCCCUACAUCCUCCCGACACCGACCCCCGAGGUCCCUGCCAAUGGGAACCUCCUCUCCGUUUCACCCCUCGGGGCCUCUCCCUCUUCCCACCCCCACAAGAUGUACGGGUCCAACCCGGAGAUCUCUCUGUCGGGCCGCGAGACGACAGUAGCUGACAACAACCGCUCUGUUUCACCAGCAACAGGGGAUAAAGCUCCUCAGAACGGGAGUGUUCGUGCCAACGGUCACGCGGUGUCUGGAACCAUCUUGAAAAGCGUCGAGACUCAACUGUGACAUGUGCAGCAGUGGCACAGGUUUUUUUUUCAUUCCACAAUCAAUCAUCUCAAGUCUCAAGGCAUCUUAGUAAAAUGUAAAGAUACCAAUACGUACAGUAUUUUCCCAUCAUUUCCCCUUAAUUUCCUUAUGUAUACAGUGGUGUAUAUUUUUUAGACAUGUGUCUUGUGUUACCACGGUGAUGUUUGUUUGGCUCCCACACUUUUUCAUUGCUACAUGUGUAUGUCACCCUUCAUCAUGUUUUUUGCCCUCACAAAUUUUGCAGGACCAUAAAAAAAAUUGUAUUGAGCUGUAGGACCCAUUCUCGGUAAAAAUAAAUAGAUAUUAGUUUGCUUUUUAAUUAGGACAGUAAUGGUAAUUGGUAAUAAGAGAUCGGUUUGCCAUCGGCUUGUGUUCAUGUUUGCGGAUGGUCUGGGGGCUGGCGGUGAGGAAGCUGCAACUGUCUCCUGUAGGUGAGAACGGCGCGGGAGUCGAAGGCAGCCAGAGCCAGAGUGUCUCCGAGAGGGUCACAGAACCUCCCUCCACACAGCAGAUGGUCCCC